GUUGAGUCGUCUCUUCCUGAGGGCGGGGUGUUUGGCCUGCAGGAAGACAGCAGAAUCAUCGGCCUCAUCUACACUUCGAAAAUGAACAAGAUGAAAAGGUGUGACAGAUCAAAGAUUCACAGACGGAUCAAACAGUCACCACCUACAGGCGUGAACGCAAAUACAGAGGAUGUGGAGCAGCCGGCUGAUAUUGAGAAGAUUGAGAGGCAGGUGGAUGAGGCGUUAGCCCGAGCUGCAGAAAAUCUUGCCCUUCUGGAGCACAUUCAUGAGACACUGACGACUGGUCUGGCCGAGCAGGUGAAGACAGAGAGAGCUCGGCUGGAGAUGGAGAUCAAGCAAGCUGCAGACAAAGCUUUACACGCUGUCCAAAAGUGGAGGGAUGUGCAGUUGAAUCAGCUGUCAAAACUGGAGGCCCGGUUCUCCACCAGCCACGUGGAAAUGUGCCGUGUGCAGGAGAGGAUCAGGGCCCUGGAGAUUGCCAUGCAAAUGGCCAGAGAAGUACGCCGUGUCCCCUUCCUGGAGCAAUACUGCACCCUGGAUAAGGUAUAUUUACAUCCCGAAACACACUCAAGUAAGCAGCACACGAUGCACAGUGAGACACUAUCAGACUACUGA